CCGUAUCGCAGGCGACGCGAGCGCGGGCAUAGAGAUCACUAGUGCGUCGCGGUCGUGCUAGAACUAACGUCCUAGCCACCACAGAAACAUGAGAGUAACGCUGGUUCUUCUGCUUUGUGCGGCGGCUUGCCACGCCGAUGAUUUGGCGCAGGCCGCCGGCCAGAUCUUCUCCAAUAUCCUACCGAACCUUAUAGGCAAUUCGGUGACGGGUCAACAAGGGAACACGGCGACUAACACGCUUCAACAGAUUGGCACCGUGGUCGGUGGCGUCGUCGACUAUGCCAAGAAAAAGAGCUACGAAGACAUGCUGCGGCAGGUGCAGGACUCUACCACAGAUGAUGAUAUUUUGAAGCUCAGCGAGGAAAUGUUCAAUGCGGACAUCAACAAUGCACUCAAUUACAUACAAGUCAAUUUGCAAGGGAAAACUAGCCCCCUCUCCAAAAACGACGAAGCCCAAUCAAACUUAUUAAAUGUGCCAGAGAACGUGUGGAACGGCCCAACAAUUCGACCUUUCGUUGCUCUUUUCGACAACUAUCACAAGAAUGUCAUAAGGCCAGAGUUCGUUACACCAAAUGAGGAGUCGGAACAAACAACAUACAUUAACACUAUCUUGGCCACCGGCCCCAUUAGAAGUUUAAUGACGUUCUUGGUUAACAAAGGCUUGACACAACUUAAUGAAUACAAUGAACAAGUGGAAUUAUUAAAAAAGAUUUGGUUCACAAAGUACGCGCGUCACUGGACCGGCCUUUGCAAAUGCAGUUGUGCUUUUGAAAACAUCUUCAUGGCUGAAUUGAAAUCCAAUGAAGUUCUUGGUCUUCACAGCUGGUUAUUCUUCGCAAAGCGCGAGAUGGAUCGCAAAGCCAAUUACCUUGGCUAUAUUGAUAAGCUGGAUUUGUCCGGAAAAGGAUUGAUCCUGAAACAGCAUUCCAUCUUGAGUGAGACCAAAGAUGCACCAGAGAUCACUAUGUUUGUGGGCACAUCACCCGAGUUGGAGACCGCGCUCUAUACUCUAUGCUUCAUGGCGCGACCUGACAGACCAUGCAAACUGGCCUACAACAACGUACACUUUACCAUACAGACUAAAACAUUGAAAGCAGAAAAUGUACUUCUCAUUGACACCGCUUAUCCGACCUAUUAAUUACAUUUUGUAAGUUCACCAAAAUAGUUGUAGGUUAUGUUUGUAUGGAUAUUCUUUUAUUUAUGAUUUUUAGUAACAUCAAUUGUGAAGUCAUCUAGUAAACGAUAUUUCUUUCA